CAGCAGUGUAACGGUUACAUAAUAAUUCUUGCAUUUCUGGCCGAGGUUCAUUUUCCGUUUGAGGAAUGCUGCCGCUGACUUGUUGCCAUGUAGGUCUCAGUAACCAACCGCCCAGUGUACUCAGAGUUGCAAAGUCAUGUUGAUGCAUACAUUCCACCACCGCAGCCCCUGGAAGUCUGCCCGCGGCGGCGACGCAGAGCAGCAACAACAGCAACAGCAACAGCAGUAGCAGCAGAGACACUCACAACCCCUCUCGUUUGGCCUUUUAAUGUGAAGAGUGGAACAUCUCCUGCUUUCCUGGCGGGACGGAAAGCUGCAGCCAGCGACCGGGGAAGACUUCCUGCUGCCGGACAAGCCGUGCGGAAACUUCCCGAAGUGAUUUCUGUGUUGUUCUCAUUUGACAUGGCGUGUAACGGCUGCCAUUGACGUGCUGCUUUAGGACAAGCAUCACACAGAGUUAUAAAGAAAUCCCUGCCAGGAUACAUCCGAUUGCCAACCACUUCCCCUUUUUUUUCUGUGGAACACUAAAUUGCGGAGGACUCUGUGAAAUGUCAGAGUGGAUCACUUUCAAAACCUUGAAACUUGUCAAAUCUGGACCAACAGCGAUGUAAUGGUCAUGGCUUGACUUGGGCUUUGUCUGAUCCUUAUUCAAAGGCUGUCAGUCAUGUUGGAGCCUGGAUCUGUGGACGAGGGAGUAUUAUGUGGUUCACCAUCAGUCUGCAAGUUUGUUUACCCGCCAUAUUUGUGCAGAGAAACGUAUGAGCUGAACGUUAUUUAUGUGGCAACUGGCUUUUUCACUGGACUGCUUGCAUUGCCUGCUGGCUGUGGCCGGGAUCACCGAUGGAUAGCACCAUUACGCUGUUCACAUUCCUAAUUUCUUGGGAAAUGUCUACUUACUGAAUAGACUUGUGUGUUUGAAUUUGAGACAAAAUGAAGGAACUAAGGGCAUCUUGUCAUCGGACCCUCUGCAAAGACCAAAAGUAUUUCCUCUGUUGAAAGUCUGACCCCCAAUGGGAUAAGAACUAAAAACUCUGAACUGUGUUAGACUGAACAAGUAGUUACUUACAGAAAAUCUGGACUACCUCUCUCCCAGAAUGAAUUGCCCUUUAAGGAAGAAACGUCCCACACGCGACUCUGAUUUCUCGGCUAUCGUGGUUCCCUCGAUGCACGGGUCCGGGUAUCUUGACUAUUCGGUCGAGACUCAUGCUUCCAGAACCCUGGAGGUUAUGGAGGAAUUCAGACGACAGGAGAUGUUGUGUGACUUGGUGCUACAUGUCACAUACAAGGACAGGACAGUAGACUUCAAGGUGCACAAAGUGGUGCUGGCCUCCUGUAGCCCCUACUUUAGAGCCAUGUUCACCAGCAGUUUCAAAGAGCGCCUCGCCUCGGAGGUAACCCUGCGCGAUGUCUGCCCCCAGGUGGUGGGAAGACUUAUUGACUUUGCCUACACUUCCCACAUCACAGUGGGAGAGAAGUGUGUGUUGCACGUUCUUAUGGCUGCUAUGAGGUACCAGAUGGAUGACGUGGCCAAGGCCUGCUGCGAUUUCCUUAUUAAGCACCUGGAGCCUGCUAAUGUGAUCGGCAUUGCCCGCUUCGCCGAGGCGAUCGGCUGCACAGAGCUGCACCAGCGCAGUCGAGAGUAUGUCAAUACACACUUCAGUGAGGUGACUAAAGAAGAGGAGUUCUUCAGCCUCUCGCACUGCCAGCUGCUGGAGCUCAUCAGUCAGGACAGCCUCAAGGUGCUCUGUGAGUCUGAGGUGUAUAAAGCCUGCACAGACUGGGUCCGCUGGGAUAUGGAGGGUAGAGCCCCAUACCUGCAUGCCCUCCUGAAUGCGGUUCACAUUUAUGCACUGCCUCCUAAGUUCCUAAAGAACCAGCUCCAGUCCUGCCCCAUCCUCAGCAAGGCCAAUUCCUGUAAAGACUUCCUGUCUAAAAUCUUCCAGGAUAUGACUUUAAGGAAGCUGGCUCCUGCACCCAACCGUGGAACUCAACUCAUCUAUGUGGCCGGCGGAUAUCGGCAGCAUUCCCUGGCCUCCAUGGAGGCUUAUGAUCCCAGGGGGAAUGUGUGGCUAAAGCUAGCUGACAUGGGCGCCGCAUGCAGUGGUCUGGGGGCCUGUGCACUGUUUGGAUUGUUCUACACUGUUGGAGGCAGGAACUUGUCGCUUCAGAACAACACAGAAUCCAACGCCCUCUGCUGCUACAACCCAAUGACCAACCAGUGGAGCCAGCGAGCCUCUCUCAACAUCUCCAGGAACAGGGUCGGGGUGGGCGUGGUGGACGGCUGCAUCUAUGCUGUCGGAGGCUCCCAGGGCUCCACGCAUCACAACACGGCAGAGAGGUGGGAUCCAGAGUCUAAUUGUUGGUCCUUAGUUUGCCCAAUGUCGGUGGCUCGUCUGGGUGCUGGAGUGGCGGCGUGUGGGGGGGCUCUGUAUGUGGUUGGGGGAUAUGAUGGGCAGAACCGCUGGAACACUGCUGAGAAAUACCAGCCUGACACCAACACCUGGCACCAGCUGGCACCCAUGAGCACUAUACGAAGUGGACUGGGAUUGGUGUGUGUGAACUCUCACCUCUAUGCAAUAGGGGGGUAUGAUGGACAUAGCCAGCUGUGUUCUGUGGAGCGUUACAAUAUAGCCAGGAACCAAUGGGAGCCCAGGGCCCCCAUGCACUACAGCCGCAGUGCACACGGAGUCACAGUCCACCAGGGCCGCAUCUUUGUCCUCGGAGGCUUCAACCAGCUCGGCUUCCUGUCCAGUGUAGAGUGUUACUGUCCAGCGAGAAAUGAAUGGAUGUGCGUCACCGACAUGCCCGUUGGACGCAGCGGCAUGGGCGUCGCUGUUACCAUGGAGCCCUGUCCUGGCAGCCUGCCAGAACAAGAGGAGGAUGAAGAUGGAGCCACAUGAGGAUGAGGACCAGAUCUGUUGAAGUCUCAAGUCUUGCAUAUGGAUCUAAGAGAUGCUGCUGAGAGGGUUAAGUGCAUUCAAUACAAAAAGAACAUUCCAAUAUGAAUACUUUUCACACAUUCCCGCUCUCACGGAUCCAUUUGCAUUGCCCAUGCAGUACUGCGGGAAUAGUUUGUACGGAAAUGUUGAAGAGGAAGAAUAUUUCUACAUCCACUAGGGGGACUAGUGAUACAGAAAAACAGGUAGCAUGACAGUGAGGUCACAAC